AUGGUGUUUUCAUUUUCUUAUGUGUUCGAUAGUUCAUUCAUAGACUACCGAUCAUCUCCCACAUACGAGUAUGAGAACAUCGGCUGGUUUCUGGAGGUUGAAUCGGAGAAAGAUAAUAUAUGUUUCAUUUUGUACGGUGCCCCGAACAACCGAAUCAUUCGUCCCUUCCUUCAUUGGGAAAUUUUGGCAGAUGUCACCUGCAAAGUAGCAAAUGAUAGAACUUUUCAAUUCAAGGACGUUUUACUGUUAAAUAAUCAAACUGACGAGCAUCUUAUCGGAAAAUGUCUUUACAAGGCAACUAAGGAAACACUUCCGAAAGAGUCUUUGAAGGUUUAUGGAGGGAUCGUGUUUGAAGUCCAUAUUUUCAAUAUCAGAGUGGAAGGCUUACGUAAGUUCGAGAAAAUAGACUACAGUAGCCCGUUCAAUGAUUCUGAUAUCACAAUAUCAAUUAAUGACAAGAUUUAUUACGCGCAUACUGUUACGCUUAAGCUCAGGGAUCAAAUUGUUUUAUUUUUCUUCCCAUUCGUGACAUUCUCAAUUCCUCCGUCUAACAUAACCCUAAACGAUGAAAUCCCUGUAGAUGAGUUUCUCGAACUACUGCAUCACUUAUAUUUUCCAACCGAGAUAAUCGACGAUGACAACUUGAGGAUUCUACUACAUUGGGCGGAAGAGUUCGAAGUGACUCCUGUACUGACCAAAUGUGAAAAGAUCAUGAGAGAGACCUUGUGCAAUUCUGAAUCGCAAGUUGAGGUGAAUAAGAUUAUUGAAUACUUACUCCUAUCUUGGAAGUACAACAUCCAUUCGCUUCAAGCAUUUCCUGUCUAUACUGUGUUUGAUAACGAAUGUGAACACUUCGUCUUGAACUAUGUGAUGAGUAGUCUACAUUAUCAGGAAAUGGACACUGUCAGAAGACUGAAGUUGCUGGAGCUUGUUCUAGAGUCUCUGCUAUAUCAUCAUCAUGCAAAUAAAAAAGUAUCAAAAAAAAAUGAACCUCCAGCUCGAAUCGUAAAUGCCAAAAAUGAUGCUUCAUUUGGAUUCGGAGGGUUCAACAAUCAUGCUCCAUUUGGAUUCGGAGGGUUCAACAAUUAUGCUCCAUUUGGAGGUUUCAGGAAUUAUUCUGAUGGAUAUUAG